ACAAGGAAAGUGUCGGAGCAGGUACGACGGCUGCUGACCUCACCGGCGCCAUCUUAGUCAAAGUAGAUAAGAAUUGUUAGGUGAUUUAAGGUGAUUUAAGGUGGAAUUGUUAGGAUGAUAGGGAAGGUUUUUAGAUGUCCGCCUUGUGGAACCUUAAUGAACCCAACAUACGAUAUAUUGAACCCAUCCGUAGUCUGUCUCUGCUCCUCUUCCCGUCCACAGUCUGUUGAGGGUUUCUGCUGGAUCAGGACUCGGUUCCAAGGACCCGUUGUGACAGGAGGUGUCAGCAGCCUGGAGCCCUAAACCUGCAUCCACUCAGACCGCCAUGUAAACCACAACCAGCUGUGAGCCAGUAACACGGUCCAGAACCAGCAAGUAACUGCUCCCGGUCUCAGAGGGUCAGGGUGGCUGCGGUGUCGCAUUGGUGGAGGAGCAGGCUGAUGGAGAGCGACUGUCGGAUCCCUGUGGCCUGCUGUCGGCCUCGAGUCCUCGUCCUCCACGCUCUGUUCUGGGGCCUCGUCUCCCUCAGGGUCUUCGGAGCGGCUCUGCUCAGCGACAGUGAGAGAACUUCAGCAGCGGUGAAAGCGGUCGCCGCCCCCUGCUGGCUGCUGGAGGACUUUGUGGUGACCACAGAGUGUGGUCAGUGUAACUCCUUCCAGACUAGGUCGUGGUCGGCCUGUGGACCGACGGGAUACGUGGAGCGAGUCAACUGCACAAGAUCCAACAGAGACGAGUACAAGAGCUGUCGGUCCGCUGUGAUGGAGGAACAUCUGUUCUGGAAGUUCGAGGCGGCCAUGUUGGCUCUGACGGCUCUGUUCGCCGUCCUCGUGGUCGUCCGUCAACGCUGGCUGGACCGCCUCGCAUCCGAGAAGGUCCGCCGCCAGAUCGAGUCCAUCUAGGACACCGCGGGGACCAGGACUGGACCUGGACCUGCAGCAGUAUUUUAACAGACUCUGGAGAGUUACUGAGGUCCCUCAGGGACCAGGACUAAAGAAUCCUGCAGAGAACUGUUUGUUUUCAUCUUUAACUUUAUUUAAAAUGGAUUCAUGACAACGACCUGCUGAUGUUAGAUAUGGACCUCGAACCGGAGUCUGGACCCGGGUCUGAAGACUGGGGAUGGGGGGGGUCAACAUUAGUAUCAAUAAAGUGAUUGAUUAGA